CGACAGGCCGCUCGACCAAUCAGAAGGCGCCAUGAAAUACGGCGGUUGGCUGUGAUUCAGUGACCUCAGAGGGGGCGAGGAUUGCCGACAGGCGUUCCCAGCUCCCAGAGUCCGAGUAGCAGAAACUGGCAACCGAGCUGAAGACAUGUGUGGAAUCUUUGCUUAUCUCAACUACCAUGUCCCAAGGACUCGCCGUGAGAUCCUUGAGAUCCUCCUCAAGGGUCUGCGACGACUGGAGUACAGAGGCUACGACUCAGCCGGUGUGGGAAUUGAUGCAGGUAAUGGCAAGGAUUGGGAGUCAAAUGCCAAGACUAUCCAACUGAUCAAGCAACGUGGAAAAGUGAAGGUUCUUGAUGAGGAGAUCAACAAACAGCAGGAUAUGGACAUGGAUGUGGAGUUUGAUGUUCACCUUGGCAUCGCUCACACCCGCUGGGCCACGCACGGUGAACCCAGCCCACUGAACAGUCAUCCACACAGAUCUGACAAGAACAAUGAGUUCAUCAUCAUUCACAAUGGAAUUGUCACCAACUACAAAGACCUGAGAAAAUUCCUGGAGAGCAAAGGGUAUGAGUUUGAGUCAGAGACUGACACAGAGACCAUCGCCAAGCUGGUUAAAUACAUGUAUGACAACCGGGAGAGUGACGACAUCAACUUUGCCACACUGGUUGAGCGUGUGACUCAGCAACUGGAGGGAGCUUUUGCACUUGUAUUCAAGAGUGUCCAUUAUCCCGGGGAGGCAGUUGGCACAAGGAGGGGAAGUCCUCUGCUGAUUGGAGUACGCAGUGAUCACAAGCUUUCCACCGAUCAUAUUCCUGUGCUCUACCGCUCCUCUGGCAAAGAUAAGAAGAGCUGCAAUGCCCUACCCAGGAUGGACCAGGACACCUGCUUGUUCCCUGUGGAUGAGAAAGCUGUGGAGUACUACUUUGCAUCUGAUGCAAGUGCAGUGAUUGAGCACACAAACCGGGUGAUCUUCCUGGAGGACGACGACGUGGCUGCCGUGAUGGACGGCCGUCUGUCCAUCCACAGGAUAAAGCGCAGGGCCGGAGACUAUUCAGCCCGCGCCAUUCAGACCUUACAGAUGGAGCUUCAGCAGAUCAUGAAGGGCAAUUACAGCUCCUUCAUGCAGAAGGAGAUCUUUGAGCAGCCAGAGUCUGUCGUAAACACCAUGAGAGGGAGAGUCAACUUCGACAACAACACAGUGACACUGGGUGGACUGAAGGACCACAUCAAAGAGAUCCAGAGGUGUCGGCGACUUAUCCUUAUUGCCUGUGGCACCAGCUACCACGCUGGAGUAGCAACCCGCCAGGUGCUGGAAGAGCUGACCGAGCUGCCUGUCAUGGUGGAGCUGGCCAGCGACUUCCUGGACAGGAACACACCCGUCUUCCGAGACGAUGUCUGCUUCUUUAUCAGCCAGUCAGGAGAGACUGCUGACAGCCUUAUGGCCCUGCGCUACUGUAAGGAGAGAGGGGCUCUGACUGUGGGAGUCACCAACACAGUAGGCAGCUCCAUCUCCAGGGAGACUGACUGUGGAGUCCACAUCAAUGCCGGGCCAGAGGUUGGAGUAGCUAGCACCAAGGCCUACACCAGUCAGUUUGUGGCCCUGAUCAUGUUUGCUCUGCUGAUGUGCGAUGACAGAAUUUCCGUGCAGCCCAGACGUCGUGAGAUCAUCCAGGGUCUCCGAGUGCUUCCAGAUUUGAUUAAGGAGGUCCUCAGUUUGGAUGAUGAAAUCCAGAAGCUGGCGACAGAGCUGUACCAGCAGAAGAGUGUGCUGAUCAUGGGCAGAGGCUACCAUUACGCUACCUGCCUGGAAGGAGCGCUGAAAAUCAAGGAAAUCACCUACAUGCAUUCAGAGGGCAUCCUGGCAGGAGAGCUGAAACAUGGUCCGCUGGCCCUCGUGGAUAAACUCAUGCCGGUUAUCAUGAUCAUCAUGAGAGACCACACCUACAUUAAAUGUCAGAAUGCCCUGCAGCAAGUUGUCGCCCGCCAGGGUCGUCCUAUUGUGAUUUGUGACAAAGAUGAUUACGAGACCAUCAAGAACUCCAGUCGCACCAUCAAAGUGCCUCACUGUGUGGACUGCCUGCAGGGCAUCCUGAGCGUCAUCCCUCUGCAGCUGCUCUCCUUCCACCUGGCUGUCCUCCGAGGCUACGAUGUGGACUGUCCAAGAAACCUGGCCAAGUCUGUGACAGUGGAGUGAACCGCACUAUUCAUCACAUAAUAACAAAAGCCUGGCAGACACACAUUCAAACACAGACACCAAGAGAGCAUCUUUACAAAGAAACCAAGAGAAGACAAUGUUUUGUUUAUGUGUCUCGUGUCGUGGCUCUUUUAAUGCGGUCUUUUAUUCAACAGUCAUGUAUCUCACUGUCUAUUUUCUCAGAAAUCUUUGGCAUCAUUGUCACAUUAUUAUUAGAGAAGUUGCUUUGUCUGGGGUGGCAAGGACUGGGCUGGCUCUGACGCAUCUUCAUCACUCUUUUUGUGUGGGUUUGUGACCCUGUAGCAACUGACAACGAUCAUUUGGGUUUAUGCACAGUCAUGCUCCAAACUUGUGAGUAAGCCCUCCUUGUUUAUUUGUGCUGAUUGGUCUCUCUGGGAGCUGAUGUUAAAGCCUCACACUGACAGAAGUUAGGCUUUAAAGACCUUACUGGCUCAUUGUCUUUUAGUGCAAUAAUUUGUAGGUUAGUUGGGAUAUUUUUCUUUGGCAGCUAAUCAUUUGAAGUGUCUUUACUCCACUGUUGAAGUAAACCACAGUCUUGAAUCAUUCCAAGCCACAGGUCAUCGCUUCUUCGUAAUUACAGCGCAGUUUGACAUAGUUUUCCUCUUGGACUUGGUUCUGAGGACUCGCAGUGCACUGCAGGGGCAGCAUCAGAAGUCAGAUCAGAAAAACGCUUGUGAAUACACUAUUGUGUAAAAUCCAUUUUGGUAGGUUAGCUAAGUUUGCUCUUGUAUAUAAAGCUACUAUUUUGGAUCACAAACUCUGGUCUUUGUCCAAUCCAGAACGUUAACGAUAAUAAUCUGCGUUUACCAGCCACCUACAACAGACUUUAUUAACAUGGCUGUUUGUCCUUUUCGUAUUUGCUUCUAAUGUUAACACUCUUUAAUUCCUAUGCUGACUGUGUUAUCUAACAAAGAGAGACACUGUUGCUUAUUUCCAGUCUCCAGUUCACAUUUAAACUAUAAACUGAAGUCAUUCAAGUGAGAUAAAAUUACUAACGAUGAAGAAGUUGUCUGCAGUUGCCAGCCCAUUCCCUGCCACCAUGACUACUGCUGAUGCAAUACUGGGACCAUUUGUAGUUAGUUUCUUUUUUUUUCCCUGCUUACAUUAGUUUGAUUUUUUUAUUAUUGAAAUUACUCUUUUGUUUGAAAUGUGAAUGUUACUGUCAUUUGAAAUGUUGUGUCAAACCAAAAAUCUCUCAAUGGCUGUGGCAGUUGUAAACCAAAACAUAUAUAUUUUAUUUGUUUGUCCAGUGUUGUUUUUGUAGCCAAAACACAUACUGGUGCUGGUAGACAGUGUGGUAUGAAGAUGUUUUCAGGGCCAAAUAGGACAUAUACACAGUUACAUGGCAGUAUGUCAUGCUGUAGAUGUUUGCUUGGGUAGAAAGUCGAAUGCCAGCUGUGCGUCUGUGAUCCCAGAUGUCGUUUAUUCAAAAGCCAAGGCAAGAGUGAAGUUGUGCACAGUUGCUCAAAAGAGAAGAAAUAGGAGCUACUUUUUUCAAAAAAUAAAAUAAAAUCCACCAUAUAUUUUAGUUGAAGAUAUUUAUCUCGUUACUGCAAUCAAGCCUUAACUUUAGUUGUUUUACAUUUCCUCUCCUCGACAUUAAGCUUCUUCUGAGCCGGUGAAAAGGUUUGAAAACUGGACAAUGUUGUUACAUGUGCUUUUGUAGCCCACAUAUGUGAGCAUAUUUUGAUUUUGUUAGACUGGAUGCAUUGUUGAAGGACACUGCACUGAAUCUUAGCACCAUCUGUUGCAAUCUGUUGAGUUACUGAGGGAGUGGGGCACUAUUUAUUAGUGGAAAUGAUGCAAUAAAGUGUCAAGUACUUGUCUUGUGAA